GUCACUAUCCUCUUACCCAGACUACUUCAUAUCGGCUUGAAGAGUCUUCGCGAUGUCCUUCUGCAUGUCCUGCAUGAUGGCCUUCAUCUUCACCAGGGCCUCGCCCUGCGCCUGCUUCGCCGCGUCGACGACGCCCUGGGCGACCUUGUCGGCGCCCUCGCCGAGCGCCGCGUCCGUUACUUCUACCGAGGACGGCUGGCCCUGGCCGUCGUAGACGACCUUGACCUUGCCGCCGAGCGCCGAGCCCUCGACGCGGGUCUCCUGCAUCUUCUGGGCCAUCUUCUGGCGGAACUCCAUGGCGAGCUUCAUCUCCUCCUCCGUGAUGUCCCCCAGGCCGGGCACGGACAUGGUCUGGCCGCCCUGCCCCGGCGGCGGCGACGCGGGCGUGUCCUCCUCGGGCGGCGCGCCGCCGAACAAGUUUCGUUGUGUUGGUGCGCGCGCGACGCGCGUCGUCGCCGGUCGCAGCGCCAUGGCGCUCGCCGCGAGUACUGCGAGCGCUAGCCGAGCCAUCCUCGAGGUGCUGCAGUGCGUGCUCUCCCUGAGCGGCAAGCCGAGGUCAGCGAGCCGUCUCGCUCUUUUGCAAUGUGCAAAACUGCAGCGGUGCUAGCAAGUGAACACGCGUGUAUCUCGAGCAGGGCGCCACUCAGCAGCGCUCUCAAAACUCGAGCCUCCAC